AAGAGAGGGAAGGAGGGAGGAGAGUAUGUGAGGCACCCAGUAAAGGAGCUGCUGUGAACAUUUGGCUGAGUGCGGAGGACUAAGACAUGUAUCUAAUGGAGAUAUUGCUGCUGGUAUUGCUUUUGCCAUCCCUAUCUCUCCAAUACCAGGACCUCUCAGAGAGCAAGGUGGCCACGGGGAGGAUGAUCCUUCCUGCUCUGGAGAAAGCUACCUCAUUCAUGGAGAAGAGAUUCAGGGAGCUUAACCUGGAUGGAGUCCUGGGAUUCUGGGUACUAGAAGUGCAACUAAAAGGUGUCUUGGAGAAAUGGGGUCAGGAGCCUGCCCUAAAGCCCCUGAGACUGAGGGUAGAGAAGAUAGUGAAGAAGCUGUUACCACUCAUCACCAGAGCCACAAUCUACCUCAAGCUCAGUGACUCGAAGUAUUUAAAAGAAUUUCAAGAAACUCUACAGCCAGGAUUUUGGAAUCUUCCCCAUUCGUGGAGUCACACAAACACUUCUCUGAUCUACUCCCAGUUUGAUAACUCAGAUUCUUUUUCAGAAGAGUUAAGUGAUUCAUGUAUGACCCUCUUACUGGGAACCAAGUAAGAGGGGUCACAGCCCUGCACUGUCACUGACCUAUGCAAGGAACUCAUGACUAAGCCUGGCUGCAUGGGGUAUGCACUGUCACACCAACUCCUCUAUUUCAUGUUUGCUGAAAUGAAAGGAUGCUCAGAUGGCCUGUUCCUCCAAACCAAAUAUUAUAUGGAUAUUUUGUGUGCUAACAUGAUGGCAUUGAACUUGAAAACUGAAGAAGUUGAAUUCCCAUUUCUCAGUCGAGAUAUCUUCAUGGAAAAUAUCAUGUUCUGUGGACUUUCUGGAUACUCAGAUUUCUACAAGCAUAGAUGGCUACAGUCUAUUCUUACCUGGCAACGACCUAAAGAGGGAUGCUUUGGAAAACCUUAUAAUGAUAAUAAACAAUUACCAAGAAUUGAAGACCAACAAUCAUUGAGAAGAGUUAAGAGGAGAGAGAAAGGAUUUGCAGAUGGAUGUUCUUCCCAUAACACAGCUGUGGCAGUUGCAGCCUUAGGUGGCUUUCUUUAUCACUCUGCAGAACAUUCACCAACCAUCAUCAAGCCUCGUUAGUGCCUCACAACAAUCAAGCAAUAACUAAAAGGAUGAUUUUAUAUCUGCUGAAAAUGAAAUACAGCCUUUUUGGUUGUAAUGAAUCCCCUUAGGUCCUGAGAUUGCAUAAAUUCACAAGGAAAGCAAUGGAAAAGUACAAGCAGACAUGCAAAUCAAAACUAAUGUAACUGGAAAUUGAGAUUAGCAGAGUUAGAAUAAAAGUAAUAGUAUUGACUACAUAGAGCAAAACUGGUCACCCUGAUUGAAAUCUUAAUUUAACCGACAUUAGGUAGCUCCUAUGUGUGGACAACUGUGCAAGGUGCUGAGGCAAAACAAUGAUGAAUAAAUUAUCGUGUCUCAUGGAGUUUUACAAAGUGCAUCUUCCUAUUUACUCCUAAUAUAACAUUCCUGGAAAGGUAAAUUCUAGUCAUCCAAUGCCAGGAAACUUUUGAGUCUGGGUAUUCUCAGGCUCCACAAUUUUCAUUUACUCUCAGUUUAGUAGGAAAGGCAGAUAGAGCAAGUAUUUAUCUGACUUUCUAAGAAUGAAAUAGCACACUGCUUAGCAAUUGAAGCAAUAUACUUUCAUAACAUGCCUACUGGGGAAGCCUACAGAAAAUUUUCUUCUC